CGCAAAUUGAGAAAAACAACACAGUUCAAACCAUGCGCGUCUGUUCUGCGACCUCUCGACAGUGCACUCCACACAACUCAAUUCAACAUGACCAUCCACACCAAAAGCCAUAGGGUGGCUGCUGCUGCUGCCACGGAUGCCCGUCUGCACUUCCACGGAGGAAGCAGCUGCGGCGGAGGAAUCCCCAGCAAGCGCCGGCUGCCGCAGCACGUGACGCCGCUGGCAACGCUGCGAUGCCGCGUCGAGGCCACGAGUCUGCGCCACCACACGUUCUUUCUCUGGCUGCCUCCGUACUUGGUGUACCAAGUUCGAGUCCUGGACAUUGCCACCAAUGAUACGUGGGUCACGCACUGCACCCCCCGGGAUGUCCGGCGGCUGUAUCAGCACCUCGUGCGUCGGUCGAUACACCCCGACACGGUGGAAGCUCUGCACGUGCUGAGGUGCCCCGACGCCCCCCUACUGCAGCCCCGGGACGGUCUCGCGAUCAAAGCCAUGUGCGUCGACACCGAGCACUUUCUGCACAACUUGUUGGCGUUGUGUCGUCAAACCACCACAGCGCCAGACGCCGCGUUCGUCGCGUUCUUUGUAGCGGCAUUCCUCAAAACCCCUCGGAAGAACUCGAUACAGGCAAGCACCCACGACGGCAGCAACAGUAGCAUCAUACCGAGUUAGAAACAUCAUACCGAGUUAGAAACAUAGUACACUAUACUAGUAUUAAUUACUACGUAGUAAUAUAUACAUGCCCCG